CCAUACACAGUCAUCAUAUAUAUAGUCAUAUAUUUGUUUACAUAUGCUUACAUCAAAACUACAUAGGGAUAUAGUGAUUCAGAGAGGUGGUGGAGAUGGAGCUGAAGAUGAACCCUCAUCAAGUUUAGGUAAACCCAAAACUAUCCAUCCUCCCAUUGAGAGCCAUUGGCAUUUCCCUGUGCCUCAAGAAAGAAAAAAGCCUUCAUCUUCAAUGUCGAACUUGGGAUUUAAAAAGUUUCGUGAGUCGUUCAAGAAACUUGGUGGGAGUAGUAGCAAGAGCAUGAAAAUGGUUCUUGCUGGAGUUCGUGAUCCAAAAGAUCAGAAAAUUGUUGAGUCUUUUCGAGAACUGUUGUUUCUCGAGGGUCAGCUUCCUCCACAGCACCAAGAUUAUCAUACACUCCUGCGGUUUCUUCGAAUGAGGGACUUUGAUCUUGCUAAAGCAAAAGAAGCCUUCUUGACUUAUCUGAAGUGGCGUGAGGAUUAUAAGGUCGAUGCAAUUCUAAAGGAGUUUAAAUUUGAGGAGUAUGAAUCAGUGAAGAAAUGCUAUCCUCAUGGAUUCCAUGGCGUAGACCGAUAUGGUAGACCAGUAUACAUCGAAAGGAUUGGGAUGGUAGACCUUAACAAGCUACUGCAAGUGACUACACUUGAAAGGUUUACAAGGUAUCAUGUCUCAGAACAAGAGAAAACACUGAAUGUGAGAUAUCCUACAUGCUCCAUUGCAGCUAAGAAGCAUGUAGCAUCUACAACAAGUAUCUUAGAUGUACAUGGAGUGGGAUUGGCGAAUUUCUCGAAGCCUGCUCGGUAUCUGUUUAUGGAAAUUCAGAAGAUUGAUAGCAAUUACUACCCAGAGACUCUAAAUCGCCUGUUUAUUGUGAAUGCUGGAAAUGGGUUUAAGAUGCUGUGGAAAGCAGUGAAAGCUUUCCUUGAUGCACGGACACUAGCAAAGAUUCAAGUGCUGGGAUACAAUUAUCAGAGUGACUUGCUUGAAGUUAUUGAUCAAAGCAAUUUGCCGACUUUUCUGGGUGGAAGCUGUACUUGUUCUGACUAUGGGGGUUGCCUUUUAAGUGACAAAGGACCCUGGAACAAUCCAGAGAUCACAAAUGUGCUUCAGGCAAUAUCUGCAGGCAAUGAGGUAAACGGUAAUGAAGAAUACAGUAAUGAUGCUUCAGAAGAGGCUGCAGUGCAAAAUAGGAAAAUCCAGGCUUUGGAAGCAGCACUUCGAGACGCCAAGAAAAAAAUUGAAGCAUUAGAAGCUGCACUUGAGGACACCAAGAAUGUCUUGAAAGAACUUGUGCAGCAUGUAGAAGAUUUGAGAUCAACCUCUUGGGAAGUACAUCCCAUUUCAAGUUAG